AUGGCAUCACCGAAUAUCAACGCUCAAUCCAGCCCAGGAGGUCCUCAGCAUGAAGCCCCACAGUCGGUAGAUGGGAUGCCGCUCAUUCACUCAGCACGGACGCCACCUGUAUUGCCAUGGCCAGAUAUUGGGCGUCUAGCAAAGUGGUCAGUAUCAUCAUACAAGUUCGGCUUUGGGACAGAGUGUCUCAGGGAUGGGGACCCAGAUACAUUUUGGCAUUCAGACGGACCUCAGCCUCAUUUUAUAACCAUCGAAUUUCCUCGUAAAGUUGCAAUACAGAAAAUCAGUAUAUAUCUCAGCUGGCCCCAAGAUGAUUCAUACACCCCGUCCACGUUGGCAAUACGUGCAGGGACGGGCCCAAGUGACCUUCAAGAUGUCCGCGUAGCCACCCUUGACAAACCUGAUGGUUGGAUUACGUUUGAUGUUUCCUCUGAGCCUGACGAAGAUGGCCACACCUUUAAACCAGUGCACGCCUAUGUGUUGCAAAUUAUCGUGGUAGCUAAUCAUAUGAGCGGGAAGGAUACUCAUAUACGAGGUUUGAGAGUUCUCGGUCCGCUUGAAGAUCAUGCUUCUGACGGGGACCCGUUCCCUUUCACGUCUCCGCCGUUCAAAAUGUAUGAAACCAUUAGAUAA